GUCAAGUUUACUAAUGCUGCAUGAAAACGAUAGCUCUAUAGGGAAUCAAAUCUUCGAAAUAGAAUUGAUUUAAAUAGGUUAACCUUUGUAACAAUUUUGUUUACUAGUUAUUCUAUAAACAAUAUUAUUAAAUAAUGGUUAAAUUAACACCAGAUUUAAUUCAACAAUCCAUGCAAUAUAUUAAUCCUGUAAAAGAUCGGGAAUUGGAUCUCAGAGGAUAUAAAAUACCUACAAUUGAAAAUUUAGGCGCAACUUUGGAUCAAUUUGACACUAUUGAUUUUUCUGAUAAUGAUAUAAGAAAAUUAGAUGGAUUUCCUUUAUUAAAAAGGAUCAAAACUCUUUUUUUUAAUAAUAAUCGUAUUGUCAGAAUUGGAGAAGGAUUGGAACACUGUAUUCCAAAUUUGGAAACUCUUAUGUUAACUGGAAACAUGAUUCAAGAACUUGGUGAUUUAGAACCACUCACACAAUUAAAAAAUUUAACUAAUCUGUGUUUGCUACAAAAUCCAGUUUCCGCAAAGCCUCAAUAUAGACAAUAUGUUGUAUAUAGAUUUCCACAAUUGAGACUUUUAGAUUUCCGAAAAAUCAAGAUGAAAGAACGUGAAGCUGCAGUUGCAUAUUUUAGAAGUAAAAGAGGAAAAGAAAUGGUUCGUGAAAUAGCAAAAAAAGUAAAAACACAAAAUUCUGGAACAUCUAUAGACAAACCAUUAACAACUCCAGAAGAACGAAAUAAAAUUAGGGAAGCUAUUACAAAUGCUUCUUCCCUUGAAGAAGUGCAGCGUCUUAGUAAAUUACUUCAAGCAGGACAUAUGCCUAGUGAAGAUAGAUUACAAAAUGGAAAUACAAUGCCUGAAGCAAUGGAAGAAGAAGAUGAUUGAAUUAUUUUAUAUUUUUCAAUUUUAAAUACAACAAGAAAAAUUUUUUCUAUUAUUAUAAGUAAGUAUUUGAUUAUAUAAAUGAAACUAGAUGAAACUUUGAUCAUAGAUGAAACUAAAAAGAGCUUGUUAAGCUAAUAAGAAAGUAUGUGCUACACAAAUACAUUAAAAAAAAAAUCUUUCAAAAAAUAAAAUUAUUAAAUUCCCUAAUUGGCCUGAAGCGAUUUUUUAAAAAUAAUAUUUAUCAUAUAAUUAUAAAUUUUAUAUAUAUUAUUAUUUA